GUGAAAGCUCACUUAAGUAGCCGGACGACGUUCAGAUCGGACCCAGUCUGCCCCGAGAAAUCUACGUAUGACGCCUGCAGCGGUGCUCCGGGAACGAUAAACGAAACUCGCAUGUCUUGUGUGUAAUGAGCAAGUCGCGUUGCAAACCAUUCGAUUUAGGGCUAUCUACUACCGUGUUCAACGAUGGCGGCGGCAGCACCCAGUACUUCUCAGAAGCCUUUGCCCGCUAUUCCUCUUCGACGAAGCACACGACCGCUCACGACGCUGACUGUGAGCUCGGGCUCGCAUCUCCGGAAGUUCUUGCACUAUGCACUGAAAGAGGAUGCUCACCUUCAGCAAUAUGAGGAGGCGGAGACAAGAAGGGAACUCUGGGUGAGUACCAUCAUGGGAGCGCUCGAAGAUCUGGGAGAACGCAUGGACCGAGGAGGAUGGCUUGCGGGCAUAAGGAGAGCUUGGAAGGCUAGACGGACACGCCAGGCUGCGCAGAAGAAGGAGAAAGAGAAGUCAGAAGCUGAGGAAAAGGAGUCGAAGGACGGAGAUGACAAAGCCCAGGACAAGAACAGAAGUUCCCGCAAGCAGAGCAAGGGGACGGAGAAGGAACUCCCUGGGACACCCGAGCCAUCCACCUCCUCGCAUACGCAGGACGGGCCCAGCGAGGAUGAACGGCGGGGUCGCGCACUUAAGCAGCUGCAGGAGCUCGCGACGCAGCCUAUCCUCCCUAGACCUAAGCCCUCCGGGAAGCAUCUCCUCCUGACUCUUGUACCCUUCGGAGUACGUGCUGCCCUCCCUACGGAGGAUAUGGGGUUCGACCUGGUGCCCUCCAACAUCGGAUGCAUAUUCUCAGCGGACGUGUUUACCUUACCGUCAGCUGAAAGUGCAACAGACACGAAUUCUGGACAAGUCCUUUAUGGACUGGAAGAAUGGGAUGUCGAGGCAUAUAAUCCUGGCGAAGACCAGCUGCGUUUAGUGGGAGGGACGUUCUCAUUCAAAGGCGUGACUUCGCCACAGGAAUAUGCCUCACUACGCCGCAUCCUCCGCUUGGCUCUGUUCAUAUAUAUAUCUGUGAUACUCGAACAGCAUGCACUCGCCGAUUCUUAUAUCCGACUACAAUUCCCCAAGCCUCAUCUUACUUCCCCUACCAUCCCGGCACCCGCGACAGGAGGAACGCAAGUUACUCGCCAGCCUACCCUUCCCAGUGUCCCUAAACGCGGGCAUAGGUAUCGUGAAUCCCUACCGAACACCGCUUCAGGUAUUUGGUCAUUCGUUUCCAAGAAGACCGAGAACCUGCUGUCUCGAGCUAGUAGCGUCAGACCCCAUCUGAAUCUUGUCCGCCAUGGGUCUUUAGAUCUCCCGACAACUGCGUCUGAGGGAGAGCAGCUUCCACCAACGUCUCUCGACGCUCAUCCGGUGACCCGUCUCCGGAAGUUCUCGUUCUUCGGGGAGGACAGGGCCUCUGCGCCUCCUAAAUUGCAGGAGCCCCACCGCGAGAGUUUAUUUACUACGACCCUGGAACAGCUGAAACUCGUUCGUGAACUGCUGACAACAUCUCCCGGUAUUCCACUUCCACCACCUCAUCUCCUCGUGAUUCUGGCGGAGAAGGAAAAACAGGACCGCGGCAGGCGACUAACAGGCGAGGAAAGGGCGGGUCUGAACAGCCUUUUGCUUUGGGAAGGGAAGGAUCCUAAUGGCAAGGGUCCCAAGGUACUCAGCGGGCUUAGCUUGUUCGUACGACAUCAGGACUUCUCGACGUUAUACUCCGAGCACGUGCCAUCUAUUGUCCCUCUCCCGGACAGUCGUGCAUCCUCCAGCUCCUCUCAACUGUCGCCUCCGCCGUCCGCGUCGUCCCGUAAGUCUUCACCUUCGUCCGGGCUCCCGCCACCACCACAUUUUUCCCAGUGCAGUGGAAGGCAUUGGAUGAUGUAUGUGUACAACAACUGGGACUCUGCAUCAAUGGGGGAUAGGAGGCUUGGUGAGACUAUUGAAGAGUUGGUCUCGUCCGCCGAUGAGAUGUGCCUGAAACCUGGCUGCAUAUUCAAGAAAGGUGACCAUGAAAGGCGAUGGAUACAUAACGGGACACGGGUUAGAGUCAAGGUAGACGCUGAUGACUCCGAUCCGGACCGCAAGGAUCCACCCGAGGAAGAUGUCGGCAUGUGGCUGAGCUGUGCUUUGUGCGGCAGGAGGACUGGGAAGGUCCGGAUGAGCGAUGGAACAUACCUCCUGUCAUUCGCCAAAUUCCUAGAACUUCUGGUAUAUAGUCCCCUGAUCUGCUCACCCUCUCCUCAAAUUUGCGAGCACACGACAUCGCCGACUAUAUCAGAGAGUCUCCCGGAGUCCCGGCUGAACAUUGUCAGACACUUCUCGUACAGGUCUCAUGUUGUCUCAUUCUCGUUAUCUCUCAUUGAGGAGAUAUACGAGGUUAGACUGCCCCGGCUUCAGAUUAUAAAGGGCCAUGGUGAAAAGGAUGAUCGACGAUCCAUCGAGCCGACGCGGCAAGGCAGUCUUGACGAGGAAAAGAAGACAUUAAGGAAGGAGAUCAAAGGAUGGUGGCAGGAUGUGUCCGAUCACAUGGAUAAACUGGAAGAGGCUUUCAGUGAAGGUGACAAUACACUCUCACAUAAGAGUCUGCCCAGGCUUCCGUCAGUAGACGAUGCUUAUGACAACGACUCGCUGGACUCGACGCCGAAAGCUAAGCAACUACCACUGCCGGCGCUGCCUUCCAGUUACUCCCAUUCUUCACCUAUUCGCAAUUCCGAUGGCUCCGCGAGCGAUACCAACCUCGCAGUACCUCGACCACCCUUCCUUCGCUCUAAGACGUCAAUCUCUGCCAUACGUCAAGCACACCAUGCUCAGCAAGAGAGCGAUGCAGAUUGCGUACAGAAGCUUUCUAAUCUUCGCCAUACAUUCCAAGAAGCGGAACAGUCCCUGUAUGCCGAGCUGUUGCAGACCCCUACAUCGUCAUUAAAUGAUGUUCGGAGAUCAUUCCAUUCAGCUGCUCGUGGUGCUGCACGUAGGUUAGCAGCUUGGGAAAGGAAGUACCAGGUGAGCACCGUCGAGGGUGAGCCCGCCGCGGAGAAGUUGUCUACCAACGAACCCGAGUGGUGGGCAACGGAUUGUCAUGCUGUUCCGGGCGGUAAGGUUAUUGUCCGCGAGAACGACUGGGGUAGUAUCAUAGCAUUCACUCUGAGCUCUAUCGAUUACAAACGAGAAUUAGCCAACCUAUCUGUUAGCAAGUCGCCCUCUGGAUCCCAUGACUCACCACAACCUACCCCUCAAUCUCAUGCUUCUUCAUCUGGCUCUUCAUUCUUCUCGUCGAGCGGUUACGGGUUCUUUAAGUCGUCCUCGAAUCUCCAACCUGAUCCGGAUGAUGAAGGUGCAGUCUGGCACGAACCUGAAUCACAUACGGCCACCAUCACUCGCAAAGAACAUCCUCGAGAUCCAGCGGGGAUAUUGGCGUUGCCGUCUGUGCUUCGACAUAAGCCUGCGGAUGUUGCAACUUUGUCUCCGUCACGGUUGACCAACCUCGUCAUCCAGGCGCGGUCCGCUAGCAGUAGCGAACGGACCCCGCCUUCUGCCUACGCUAGACCUGAUGUCCAGCUGAACACGCAAGCGGUUGACGGGGAAGUGAGUGGUCUGCCUGAGGCUGCUCAAGUGGUGGGUAAGAUAUUGCACGACGCCGAUACUGCAGCUGCGGAAUCCCCGACUCGUUCACUAUCGGACAGCGUAAAUUCCAAAUCAUCAAGCUUCGUUCAGACCCAUAUUCGCAGAGCCGAGGCAGCGUCCUUGGAAUCCAACGGUAGCGAUUCCACCGUUGGUCCGGAAGAUCACAGCGGACGGGAACAUGCUCUUGUUCCUCCGCCUCCGCCUCCUAAGGAUACCCCAGACGCUAAGACAACUUCUCGGAUUUCGUCUCCUUCUGCCGACUCCGGGAAUGCACCUGCAACUGCUACAUCCCCAAAGCCCGGAUCAAGUUCCUUCCUUACCUCAACGCUGACGUCGGGUCUCGCGAGUGCUAUGCGACUUGUCCUAAAUUCUUCCGACACGAUCAAGCCGUCGCAAUCUGCAGCUUCGCAGAAGACACACCAUGCGUUGCUCCAUAUUGACUCGCUACCGAUUGAUGAGCGUCCGCAUAUCAAGUACGACUGGACGAUCGGCAGCCGUCUGAAGUUCAGUUGUACGGUAUACUAUGCGAGGCAAUUCGACGGCCUGCGUAAGCGGUGCGGAGUCGAGGACAUCUUCCUCAAGAGCCUGGAGCGGAGCGCCAAUUGGGCGGCGGAAGGUGGGAAGAGUAAAUCGAAUUUUUGGAAGACGAAGGACGACAGGUUCAUCAUCAAGACGCUUGUCAACGCGUGGAAUGUCGCAGAUUUGCAAGUUCUUAUAGAACUGGCCCCGUCCUACUUCCGAUACAUGGACUCGACUGCGACGAAACCUACGGCUUUGGCUAAGCUGUUGGGCUUCUACACUGUAGAGGUUCGGAACCUUGAGAACGGGACUACGCAGGCAAAGGCGGAUCUCCUGGUUAUGGAGAAUCUCUUCUAUGAUCAGGACAUCUCCAAGACAUUUGAUCUGAAAGGGAUACAUGGGAGAAAGGUCAAACCGAGCAGCAAUAGCUCAGGCUCUCAUUCGUCCAAGACCCUGUUCGACGGGGAAUGGAUUGAAGGACAACAGCGGGCCCUGAUUCUCCUGCGUCCAUAUUCCAAGGUCAUCCUACAGGAAGCUAUCAGGAACGACUCAGAUUUCCUGUCGAAGAGUAGUAUUAUGGAUUACUCGCUUCUGCUUGGUUUGGAUGAGGGCCGGAAGCAGAUCGUAUGUGGCCUUGUAGACAUGAUCGGCAGCUAUACUUUCGCAAAGACACUCGAGUACAAGGUCAAGCAAGGUUUGAAUCCAUCAGGAAAGGAAGUUACUGUCAUGCCUCCCAACGAGUAUCAGGAGAGGUUCGUGAACGCUAUGGAUAGCUACUUCUUGGCAUGUCCAGAUAAGUGGUCCCGACCGUGGGAUGAAGCUAAGACGAAGCUGCCGACGGAUGUGGGGGACUUGCGAUGCCCUUUGUAAGGUGGAGACUAUGGAAUCUCUCUUGCAUGCCAAUCAACUGCCUAUACCUCACCGUUAUGCUUAUGGUUGAACACUGCGCAUUCUCAAUUGUAACUAUAGACUCGCAUGUAACGACAGCAUAUAUGUAGUGUAAAGCAUCGAAUCGAACGCACGUCCAGUGGCAGUGCGAUCUGCCGUGGUUACGGCAUCUACC